AUGUUGCCAGGCCGGCCGGUGCAGGCUGGUAGACUGAGCUGGAAUUUGACAAUGGUUGAGGUAGAGUCAAAUAAUGCUUUGAUACUCACUCUCGCAAUCGGGGGCGCGAUUGUGGCAUUUAUUUUAUACUUUUUGAGAGCUGCCAAGUCGGAAGAAGAGAAUGAACAACAGAAGUCUGCUGACAAGAAGCCCCAAAACAACGGUGCUGCUAAAAACACUGAGGAGUCCAAGCAGACUUCCAAGAAAAAACAAAACCACCCUCGCAGUGAGCCGAGAGCUGUUGCAUUUUCUCAUCCGUGGCUCUACACGUCGCUGAAAGGUCACAGCUCGACGAUCUUAUCAAUGGAUUUCAGCAGCAAUGGAAAAUACUUGAUUUCCUGUAGCGAUGAUAGAUCAGUUUUCCUAUGGCCGUCCAAAGAUUUCUCAAACAAGGAGCACAAAAGUUUGAGGAUCAACAUUGAAUUUGACCAUGCAACCAAGGUGACGUGGAGCCCUGACUCCAAGGCGUUCAUCAUUCACAAAUCGGUGGAAAACUGUGUGGAGGUCUACAAACUAAAUAAAAAAUCUGACGGUCAUGGGUUCAGUGGAUCAACUAAACUGACAACUUUCCCAAAGCAUCAUAUCGACGAAGUCAUAGCAAUGGGCAUAUCUUGCAAUGGAAAAUUCAUCAUGACCUGUUCCAAAUCGACAGAUCUCGUUCUCUGGGAUUUGAAAGGCCAAAUUAUCGCAAAUGUUGACACUUACUUGAUGAGCAACAACUGUGGCCGAGUUUCUCCUUGCGGCCGCUACAUUGCUGCUUCAGGAUUUGCACCAGACGUCAAAGUGUGGGAAGUGGUUUUUAACAAAUCUGGAGAUUUCCAAGCAGUGAACAGGGCGUUUGAACUGCAAGGUCACAAGUCUGGCGUCCUAGAUUUUGCUUUCAACUGUGAUUCCACCAGGGUGGCCACGCUGUCUAAGGACGGUUCCUGGAGGGUGUUCGACACCAAAAUUGACUACAAGAAGGGAGAGGAUCCCCGUCUGAUUCAGUCUGGGAAAUUUGAACUCGCGUCCCAGGAAGGAAACCACAUUGCUAUUUCGCCUGAGGGCCAGCUGAUUGUCUGCUCCACGGGGACUACAAUUUCCUUUUACUCUGUAGAAUCUGGGAAGUGCGAGGGGUCCAUCCAAGAUGUCCACUCUGGACCUAUAACUUCAUUGCUGUUUGAUUCCUCUGGCGACCAAUUACUGACCUCAGGAGACCGUCACAUAAGGGUCUUCCACAACAUAGUCGGCUUCAAACUGAAACUUGCCUCCUUAAAAACCAGUCUCAAGAGCAAUUUGUCUUCUGCAAUGAAAGAUCGAAUCCAAGAUCAAAUAUCUCAGACUGAGAAAUUUUUGGGGAAAUUUAAGAAUUGAAGCGGCGAUAUAUUUUGUACUUUGUUAUAAGCGGUCAUUAAAAGUUGCAUUAGUUUAAAAAA